UGUCUCUCUGUGGUUGUGUGUCUCUUUGUGUGUGUUUGUGUGUGUUUAUAUGUGGGCUGCUUUGUUUGUUUUUUGCCCGGGCUGUUUUUUGCACCCGGUCCGGCUCUGGUUGUGCCCCUUAGCUUGUUCAGAACCCCUCGCUUUGCACCUCUCUUUAUAAGACCUGGCGGCAUCCAAUAAACCGAGGGCUCCUCCCGAGGUGAAAGGCGGAAGCAAGAGCCAAGAACAGGGUGCUUAGCAUCGGUUCUGAAUUUAGGGCGCCAACCGUGACAAUAAUGCACUGCCUUGAAACCAAAGCUGGAAGUGGAGACAACAGAGUUUAUCAAAAGAAAUCUUACAUAAAGCAACACAAACUCCUGAGAGCACAAGACUUCCCACAUCCUGUCCCUUUAAACCAAGUCAGCUGAUUUCUACAAGAAAACAAGCCGUCUACGCCCAGGGACCUGGUGCAGCCUAACCUGCUGCUUUGGCUUCACACACACUGACUGACAGUCAAUGCACUGGCUGCUGCUGCUGCUGUAGGACAGAAACUUUAACCUGCGGCUCUCCAGCCGCUUCUGAACUACAGAUCCCCAGCAGGCCCAAAAGAAAACCCUCGCACUAACUGUAUCCGUGCAAAGGCCUCAUACUACUGGGGACAUUGUUUUAUUACAGUCCAUUGUCUCCUUGACUGAAGAACAACAGAAAGUUAUGUUUAUAAUACAAAGGCCUUGUCUCACUUGGUGUCCCCUGUCGCAAGCGAAUUGUAAUCAGAAACCAACCCCGCGCCGUUGAAACCCAACUUGUUUAUGAAAAGAGGCCACAGUUUACGCAGCAAACAGCCUCUCCCAACAUGGCUGUCAGAUUCCGACGCACUUAUACCCAAUCAUCGGCGACUUCCAAUGCCGGCAGCAGCCUAUCAGCUAUAGGCUCUUUGUGAACUUUUAAAAGAAAAGGCCAAUGACUGCUCCCGGUAGGCGUGGUCUGGUCGUUCUCCCUUCAAGAUAGGUGGGCUUGUUGGAGCUUGCCUGUGUGCCUGGUACAGGAGCCGUGUUCCUGUCGGAGAGGCACAAGGGAAGGGACUGGGUGCUGAGAGGAGGAAGGGAACACAGCGGCAAGAUGACUCUUUUGCUGUCACAGGUCGUUCCCAGCAGCGCCUCUGGCAGCGUAGAGUCCCCGGAUAAGGAAACCUGCAUCGGGAUCAACAAUCAAAGUUACAUAUGUGAAACCGGUCAUUGCUGUGGACAAUCCCAGUGCUGUAAUUACUACUAUGAACUGUGGUGGUUCUGGCUUGUGUGGACAAUUAUCAUAAUCCUUAGCUGCUGCUGCGUAUGUCAUCACCGAAGAGCCAAGCACCGUCUCCAAGCACAACAGAGGCAGCAUGAGAUUAACCUGAUAGCUUACCGUGAAGCACACAGUUAUUCAUCUGUGCCAUUCUAUUUCAGAUUUUUGCCAAACUAUCUGCUACCUCCUUAUGAGGAAGUGGUGAAUCGCCCACCAACUCCUCCUCCACCAUAUGCAGUCUUGCAUCAGCAAUGUAUCUCAGCCUGCGAUUGGACACCAGCACCAGAUUCUGUACAUAAUCUUGCUCCUCAUAGCCAAACAAACUCCCCAGCAGCCUCAGCUAGCGGAAGUGGAACGAGGCCUCCGAGCAUUGCCGACUGUGAGCCUUCCACCACCUGCCUACAACGAGCAGCACCAAAGAACAGUAGUGUGGACUCCAGUGAUCCAGCUGGUGGAGCAGAGUUGGAGGAGAUGGCGGAUCAAGUCUCUUUUCUAGACAAGGACUCCAAAAAACUUUUGAAGCAGUAUAGUUCUGAAAGCCUAGACCAUAGUAGCUUCUAUGAUGGCAAGGACAAAACUCCUGGACGACAUCGAAGGUUCACCGGAGAUUCGGGUAUUGAAGUUUGUGUGUGCAGCAGGGGUCACCAUGAUGACUUCAAAGAACUUGAUGGCUUUAUGGAUGAUGAAGUGGAUGGUUUCUGUGACAGCUGCACUUCCUGUGAUGCGCAGCCCCAUGAAGAGGAAGAAGGGAUAUUUGCGCAUUCCUUAGGAUCUAGAGAUCUGGAUCAUAACCCUAUGCCCAGUCAGCCUGUAACCUUACUCAACACAAUCAAUGAACAAGACUCUCCAAAUUCUCAUAAUAGCGGCAGUUCCCGUGGCUAACUGACUACUACGUCACAGAAUGAAAAACCUGAGUGACUGUGUUUAGCCUGUCUACAUUAUUUUUUUUUCCUUUUGUUCUGUACAUUUAAGAAUACAAAAACUUGGAAUCGCUUUACCAAAGCCUGAAGGAGAAGAUAAUGACCUGUCCAGAGUCAGGUGCCCAGUGCUUCAACAAAUGCCUUUUUUUUUUAACAGGUCUUUGGUACUGAUGAUUUUGGUGAUGGUUUAUUAAGAGAAUAAACAAAGUCCUGAGCUUUAGGCAGGCGCGAAAGGACGUCUUAGUUGAAGAAGGCUCUAAUGAGCCUUGAUAUUGGGUUUAGGUCAGCAACAGAUUCUCUCCUGGUGCUCUUAAAUCCCUUAAUAAACCUAUACUGUGCUAAAG